AUGCAGUAUUAUCAGAACACGGUGGUGGUGGAGUAUGUAAAGAAUCUCGUGUGGGAAACGGUGCCCCGGUGCUACGGGGACACGGGCAUUCGCGAGGUUGCUGCGAAGGCCGGGAUGCAGACGGCGAUCCAGAGGAUGCGAGCGAGGGCAGACCAAACUGAGAGAAAGGUGCUGCAGCACGCUGAUCGCUUCCCAAAACCGUUCAGCUUCGCCUCGGUACAGAGUCUGGUGGCUGCGCAGAACAGGAUGGUGAGGGAAGAACUGGUGGCGAAGCUCGGAAUCGUGGACAGCGCGCGGCUGGAGGAGGUCUUACCAGUCCAACGGGGCCCCGGGCAGCGUGCGAUGGUUUCCCACGUGCUGACAGCGGCGAUGAUGUCCACGAACAUCAAGGGAAGCGACAUCCGUGCCGUCGCCGAUGGAAAAAGCAGCGACGGCAGCGUUGUAGAACCGGUCGAUUUCUCCGACGACGCUGCCGACCAGAGGUGGCAGGCCGAGCUCCAGCGAGCGCGCCAGGAAGCCGAUCUGGAGAGGGCGCGCCAAGAAGCGGAGACGAAGGCCUUGAUCUCCGCCACGGAGCACUGGAUGUCGGAUGCGUCCGUACACGCCGCCGGGACGGGCAGAAGCACGUGGUGGAGCGCGGACGAACCGCCCCCGCCCCUUCUCUCCGACUCCGAUUCCUUCUGCUCCUGCGAUGACGACGACGGUGGCGACGAUGACAGCUGGCUGUUUGGAGCCAACGUUGCCGGCGGCGCCCACGCGGCUGCGCGCGGAGGUCGCGCGAAAGACGCCUCGUUGGCUACGACGGGCGUCUUGGGCGGGGCCGACAGGAUCGACAGAGACGGCGGAGUUAAGCGGGGGCCGCCCGCAGACAAGAGAGGAAAAGCGAGCAGGAAGGUCGCGGCGGUGUCGGCUAUGGCUUCGGCGCAGGGAGCAGCAGCCCCGCCUCCUUCUGUGCGUGAUGUCGCGGCUAUCGCUGAACCUCGAGCGACCAGUACGGAUGCUGGCGACACCGGUGCCUCUGGCGCCAUGGGUUCCUCUGGUGCCUCCAGCGCAGCCGGUGCCGACAUGGAACGCUGGGCGAGUAUCAAGCGCUGGGUCGAGGGUGUUGCGGAGGGCUGGAUGGUGCCUCGCCGGGAACAGCUGUGGCACUACUUCCGCGGCAGGAUCGACGGACCCGUCAUCGCUGAUAUCCUGAUGUACCACGAAAACAACGCCCGGGCCACGGUGAUCGCCUGUGCGGGGAUGCUAGACCCACCUAUCGCGGUUACGCUUUGCCAGAGUCGAGCGGGGGCGAGUGCUGCUUCUAUUGGUGGUGGCGGCGCGGGUGGCGAGGCUGGUCGUCACGGAAACAACGACAACGACGUUGACGAGUCUGACAUCUCUGCAAUCGUCAGCCGUGCCAAUUUCCUGGCCGAAACCGACUGCCAGGACGAAGACCGCCUCCAAGCUCUGCUUGACAAGGCCAAGGGCAAGGAGGGCAUCAACCCGGUGCGGAAGAAACUCAGGAAAGCGAUCAAAGCCCUGGCCAAUGAGUUGGUGGCGAACGGGUGCCAGGACACCAGAAAGCUGACUGCCGUCCUGCAGAGGGCGAGGGGCAAGCCAGGUCUCGAUAAAACCCGCAAGAUGCUAAAAAAAUCAAUCAAGGCACUGCCCAAGAAGGGCAGCAAGAACGACAACUAUCUUUUCCACCACGGUGACAACGACGAUAGCGGAGGUGGCAGGGCAAACAACGACAACAACCGUGGCAAGAAGGGCUUUGAUCUCUUGGCUACUAGCCGUGCCGUGGACAAGCAGCUCAACAGGCAGCUCAAGGGAUGGGCCGCCGGACAAGGAAAGAGUCGGGCAAAGGUGGACGUGCUGAGAGAUGCCACGAACAACCACCGCACCGUUACCGUUCGCGGAGCCCCGAAAAAUGUGUCCCACGCCGUUCGUCUCCUUUGCCAGACUAUCGGCAACUCGGUGGUUGUGGGCGAAGUCGAGAAAUACCCACCGGCCGCAUCUGCAGCAAAGCCUCGGGUUCGUUUUGCUGUGGGCGGAGGCCACGGCGAUGGUGGUAGCGAUGGCGGUAGCGAUAGCGGCGAUGGCGGCGGCUUUGACGUUAUGACGAAGACCCGCGCCCCUGCCAACCACAGAAACACCACCGCCGCCGCCUGGACCACCACCGACACCACCACAAGUAAUAAAAACAACGCCGACAACAACGACAACAACCACAUCACCAACAUUUGCGGGCACCACACCAUACAUAGCAAGAUCGGCAACGCUGCCCUGACUGCAGCCGGCAUGACCAUGGAUACAUACCCCGCUCCUACCGAGCGUCCUAGCGUUGGCGCCGGAAACAACGACGUCGCGAACCGUUCUGCUCCUUCCGUUGGCGGUGCUUGCGCUGCAACCGAUCCUGCCACGGCUGGCGCCUCCGCUGCUCCAGCUCCAGCUGGUACCGGUGGUGGUGAUUACGAGGCUGUGGCCGGAGCAGGGAAACAUGGCGCCUUCUUCGAAGGUAUUGACGUUCCUCCGAGAUCGACCCUUAGCAACAACCCAGGCAUGCGGGACACGAUGGACAUGGUCGAACGGCUUCACGCGGCGGGUAGGGGAGGACAAGAAAACCACCGCCAGCCUCAUCAGCAGCACGCUGCGCCCCCCGUGGAGGCCGCUGCUCCUGCCACUCCAGGCGUCGUCGAUAGAAACAUCGAUUUCUCGACCCCGGGUCGUCCGGGCUUUGCCACCGUUGGUGAUAGCUUCCCGGCUCACCCGCUGUACCCCAUGGCUACCGCGCCUCCUGCUGCUCAUCCCGCCGGCAUCCCCAAUGUCGGCAAUGGUAUCGGCCACGCCAACAUGGCCCAUGCCGGGUACGUUCCCGCGUUCGAUGGCGGCGAUGCUGUUGGAGCUCCUUGCUUUGCUGAUUUGGGUGGGGUAGCGGCUGCCGGAACUGUGGGUGUCGGUGGUAGCAUCGAUGGGCUUAGCGCAGGGGCUCCUCCCGGGUUUUCUCGUGGACGUUUAGGGUCCAUCAACGCUUUGCCAGUUCCGGCGGAGGCUGGGCACUCCGACGCGUCGGCCAUGAGAUUCUCUACGUAUCGGCCGUCGACUGUUGCCGACGCUGGCACCGGUAACGCAGCCGGUUCCAUUCCAACUAUAACGGGGCAUCCGAACAUGACCGCUGCUUCCGGGCUUGGGGCCUUCGCUGCCCCGGCUACCAGGGAUGGUAUUUAUUUGGCCGGUGAUGGUGGUGGCGGCGGCGGCGGUGGUGGUGCCUUUCCUGCUACUGGUGUUAACGUUGAUGCUGGUGGUUAUGGUUUUCUUGCGUCAUCCGCUGCUUUUGCUCAAGAUCUGGCACCCUCAGAUGCUGCUACUCCUGCUGCUCCCGCAAGUGUCUACCAUCCGCCGUCUACUCGCCCCCCAGCAGCCAAUCGUCCAGACAACGCCGCGAAAUCGACUGCUCCGGUUGGUUUCGCUACCCCCGAUCAACCCGCCCUUGCCACGGAAGCGGAGGGAAACUAUGGACAAACCGCUUCAGGAACGACGCUCCAACAAAUGUCUGAACAACCAAGCCUGCACAACGGCCACAUUUCACCUGCCGGUGAAAAGGGGAUCACCGCAGAGGUCGCCGGCUGGGGCAAAGCAGGAGGAGCCGGAAAAGAUGAUGGGAACAACGACGGGGAUAAUCGAGGCGUUUUUUCUCCUCCCAGUUGGACUGAUGACGACAACGGUGACGGCGAUGGCGACGGCGUCACGGACGGGGCUGGAGCCGGGGCCUUGGACGAGGCGGUUGUUGUUGCGGAACCCGAUCCUCAUGUGGAGGCGGUGUUGAAGGCCGCCAAGUGUGAGCGCAUUCUGCCCUUGCUCGUCGCGAGGCAGAUCGACCUGCGGAAGCUGGCGCUCAUGGAAUACGACGACUUCAAGGCGCUUGAGGAUGAAAAUGAUGCCAGCACAAGGGUGGCUAGGGGUCCCCAGUUGAAAAUCAAGCAUUACUCCAAGCGGAAGAUGAAGGAGCUAGGGGUGGAGAUCGAGCCGGAGAAGGAGGAAGCCGUGGGCUACAAAAACGGCGGCAAAAAGCACGCUGGCCACGAGGGAGACUCCGAGGGGAAGUGCCACGUCUGCUGGGAGAAAGAGAUUCAAGUACGUACAUCUAGCUGGCUUGGCGGGCGCUCCUGUGCCGGACUGUUCUUUUGUUUUGUGCUUGAUGUUGCUGCUGAAUUGGCGCCAUUCUUGUCUGUUUUGGAGUUGCUCCGUCGAUGUUCCUGCGCGGCACCCCCGGCUGCAGCGCUGAUCAUCUUUUGCCCUUGCGGCCACGAGGCUUGCUGCGUAGACUGCGGAAAAGCCCUCGAGGGGGGUCCAUGUCCUAUCUGCCGUGCACCAGUGAAGGAGGCCGCCCGCGCCUUCAAGGGCUGAGCGGCGAUGAGAGUAGAUCCGGGAAAUGGAGUUCAUUGUAGAACGUUCGUCGUAUCUAUCGUGAUAGUGCGGUUGCUCAAACAGCUGUAAGACUUUCACAAUUAGGGGGAGACUGUACUACUUCGUAGUGCCCGUGGGGUUGGCGCGUGGUACAUGUUGCCCCGGAAUACUGUGUUUUCUUUGCGCGCGAUACUUGUCUACGGCACAUUUUUCCGUUCGCGAAACACACCGAUACGAGGGUUGCGGACCCCAGGAGCACGAGAGCCGGCUAGCUGCUGCAGCAAGCAUAUUGCUUUCAAAGGCGCAGGCAUAUGAUAUACUUGAACCAAUCGGCGAGAGGAGAAUAGGGGAGCGAGUGUUGAAGAGCGCUGCUUAUGCUACUGUACAUUAGCGGAGGAUGAAGAAAGAUAGAUCCGGACAUGAGCUGGGAAGGGCGUGUGAACUUCCUGCUGACAAACGCACAGACUUUGUGUUAUAGCGAACCGAGUUUGGCGUUCGAUGGGGGCGAGGACGCACAGUUGCCGAGAGACGAUGUACGGUGGCAAUCUUUGUUUGGAUGAAGGGGGGGGAGAAGAGAUGGGUUGGUCCCGACUAUUCAUGCUUUAUGGAUCGGGUUUAGCGAGGCACACAUUUUUUCACUUCUGACGGAAGCAAUAUUGUGGAUUGGAGC